AUGGAAGGCAAUAGAGCUUUUGGCUUAGUUGAAUAGCUUGCGCGCGCCUAGAACCUCCCUUGGCUUUUGCCAGCUCACUGACCCGAGGUUCUAGUGAAUUACUAUUGUUUGAUCCUGUCUAUCGUUCUGGAGCACGGCUGCACGCGGUGCUUCCAAUUUUUUUUUGACAAUGAUCAAGACACGUCAGCAUUCCCGCCGUCACUCGCGCCGCUGCCAGGUUGGCUAGAGCCUUCGCCACACCCGAUCCACUGCCCAUACCUCUACCGUUAAGCGACUCGGAGAGCACCCACUCGGGAGCCUCCGACCCCGCCUCCGCCGUUACCGUGACCGACUCCGACUCAGACGACGACCGCCGCCGUCCUGCCGCGCGCAGGAUGAGCGAACCGCACGAAGACGCACCCCCUUGCUGGAAAUUGCACGCCCCGUCUUAUUUUUGCCGCACCGACCGCACCUUAUCGGGACUUGGACUCUUCUGGUCUCGCAACGAUCGAUACUUCGAAAAAGAGAAGAUCGAGACAGAUGUCGACAAGAUCGACAUAAUUGGCCAGCUGCUCCUCGACCCAGAGCCGAAGGUGUGGCAUUCCAGUGAUGCCGCAUCACAUGUCAACAAGAAGUACGGCACAUUCCAACGCGAUUUGACAAUUUGCGCGUUGCCGUCCGAUUACAUGUGGCAACACUACCGACGCCUUGACAACUUGCGACAGACGGGUGAUUACCGAGAAUUUUUAACGGCCGCUCGCGAUCUGCAACUGGAACUGGGCGUCAGUCUUGUCAGCGACACUCAGCUGGUCCGCAUGCUCCUGCUCCACAUGGACGAGGAGCUCUCCCAGCGACUCCGACUCUUGGAGGUGAUCAAGGGGACGGGAUUGUCGCCCGACGAACUCGACGCCUCCAUAGUCAAAGCCGACUUGACCACCAGCCCCGCAGUCUUCGAUUACCAGAAGUUCGACGCAGAAGCUAGGCGACUCUGGCAAGUCAUCAGUGCCACCCGCGCCUCCGUGAAGGUGACAGCUCAAGCCUCAGCGAGAACCGUCCGCCCCACGCCUACGCUGCGCACUACCGCCUUGCCGUCUACGCCGCCGCCGUUGUCUUCCAAAACCCGAGCGCCGCCGAUGACCGACCGUGAGCGUGCUUCCUCAGAAGCAAUCAGGGCUGGCCACUUUCAGGACACAUGCACUACCUGGGCGACUUUGACUUGUAAAGUCCCAUUGGGUUGGCGACAAGGUCCCGUAUCCCCAGAGCAAGUUGCAUCUCGAUCCGACGUUGUAGACGAAAUUGACGACAAGGGUGAAGAGCCACACUGCCUGUGCGAUGACGAAUACGACAACGACACGGAUGACGAGAGGUGCGAACCCAUUUCCCUUUCUGUGAAGCUCACAACAGAUGAUGGACCUGCCUUGUGAGCUCUAGUUGACACGGGUGCUUCCGCUUCUUUCAUUGCAGAUAGGGAAGUGGAGAAACUACGGUUGACACGGAGGAAGCUUCAGGUACCCACAUCUGUUAGUGUUGCAAUCCAAAGUCACAGGGUCUCGCAUCCCGUCACUGAAUUGGUGUGUGCCACUUCGUACCCUGAACGGCCGAUGGUCUGCCCAGCACGUCGUUCUGAAGAUUGCGCCAUUGACGUCGUUGAAAGUGGUGUUGGGGCGACCGUUCUUAAAGCGACACGAUAUCCUGGUUGACUGCAAAAGGCGUCGAGUGCUGGCCCCCGAUUCAACCCUACCCGGCAAGUGUAUCGAUCUGAUGGACCGGGGAGAGAAGGGGGAAUGGUCGGAGAGUGCGGUUCAGGCGAGCAUUCGGACCUGUCUCGCUCAUCUCGAAGAGCAGCAAGCGGAAGAGUCGCAAUUGCGAGCACUUGAAGUCGCAUUUCGCAAGGAGUUCUUGGACCGAUUUCCGGCAGACCUCCCGCCGGUCUCGCAGUACGAGUCAAAGGUCCGCCAUCGUAUCGCGCUGAAACCUGGUAUGAAAACUCCGCGGCAACCAACCUACGGCACUCCGAUGCGCUGGCAUGCAGCGUGGCAACGCUUACUGGAUGAUCACCUCGCGGCCGGUCAUCUUCGCCCAUCAUCGUCGGAAUACUCCUCCCCGCCCUUCAUCAUUCCCAAGAAGGGUAUGGACACCGACCCGUCGAUUAUGCCGCGUUGGGUCAACGACUAUCGGAUCCUCAAUGCAGCGACGGUACCAGAUCGCACACCGCUUUCCCUGCCGGACGAGAUUUUGGCCGUCUCAGCUCGGCUGCGCUUCUGGUCCAAGAUCAAUAUGACAAACAGCUUUUUCCAGACAAAGAUGGCUGAGGAGGACAUACCAAAGACCGCGUUGGAAACCCCCUGGGGACUCUUUGAGUGGGUCGUCAUGUAUCACGAAGGACAAAGAUAG